AGAGCCAGCUAUGCAGAAAGAAUGGCAAAAUGGGUUAUGUAAAUGGCGAGAGUAACGAAGGUUCUAAGCCUCACAUCACAGAUUCAUUCCUCUUCACACCAAACAAACCCAUUUCCAUCUUCGUCUUCAUCUUCUACUCUCGACACUUUAAUCUAACCCUUCAAAUCAGAUCAAAAUCAAAGAACCUCUGAAUCCAAUUCUGAUGACGUCCGUGAAGCAAACCCAACAACAAUCCUCACCGCACACUCUCUUCUCUCUAAGAGGUUCACUCCUUAUCCUCGCAAUCCUCACUCUCCUUUCUUUCACUUACCUUUCUCUCAAAUACUCCACCCCUUCACUACAGGUUUCCAAGGUUUCGGUUGCGAAGCUGAACGAUGUGCAAAGCGAAGAAGAGGAUGGAGAGGAGUUUUGGGAUGUGUACCACUCGCCGCGCGUGUUCAAGCUGAACUUCGAGGAAAUGGAGAAGAACUUCAAGGUGUAUAUAUACCCUGAUGGGGAUCCCAACACGUUCUACCAGACUCCGAGGAAGCUCACAGGAAAGUAUGCUAGUGAGGGCUAUUUCUUCCAAAAUAUUAGAGAGAGUCACUUCCGCACCCUAAAUCCCGAUCAGGCACACCUCUUCUUCAUUCCCAUUUCAUGUCACAAGAUGCGUGGCAAGGGCACGUCUUAUGAGAAUAUGACUGUAAUUGUCCAGAAUUACGUGGAGAGCUUAAUAUACAAAUAUCCUUAUUGGAACAGAACUUUGGGUGCUGAUCACUUCUUUGUCACUUGUCAUGACGUUGGUGUGAGGGCAACAGAAGGACUUCAGUUUCUAGUAAAGAAUUCUAUUCGAGCAGUGUGCUCCCCCAGCUAUGAUGUUGGGUUCAUUCCGCACAAAGAUGUUGCUCUCCCUCAAGUACUGCAGCCAUUUGCUCUUCCUGCUGGAGGGAAUGAUAUGGAAAACAGGACUACUCUUGGAUUUUGGGCUGGUCAUCGUAACUCUAAAAUUAGAGUGAUUCUUGCACGUGUGUGGGAAAAUGACACAGAACUUGAUAUUUCAAACAAUAGAAUUAGUAGGGCCACUGGGCAUCUAGUGUACCAGAAGAGAUUUUACAGAAGUAAGUUUUGUAUCUGUCCUGGUGGAUCACAGGUUAAUAGCGCUCGAAUAGCAGACUCGAUCCAUUAUGGGUGCAUCCCUGUUAUAUUGUCAAAUUAUUAUGACCUUCCUUUUAAUGAUAUUCUUGACUGGAACAAAUUUGCUGUCGUACUCAAGGAGAGUGAUGUAUACCAGCUUAAACAAAUCCUCAAAAAUAUAUCGGAUGCUGAGUUUGUUGCACUUCAUAAUAAUUUAGUAAAGAUUCAGAGACACUUCCAAUGGAAUUCGCCCCCAAUCAGACACGAUGCUUUCCAUAUGGUUAUGUAUGACCUCUGGUUACGCCAUCACACGAUCAAAUACUGAUUUUAAGACUCACACUCUAAGACACUCGUUUUGUAUACAACCUACAGUUUUAGCAAUCAAGAGAGCACUGUAAAUAGCUAAGUACAGUUUUUUAUAUAACAGCUGGUUUUUCAAUAUUCUUGCACCCACAACAUUUCGUUUAUUUGUUAUUUGUUUGUGUUGAGGCUCUUUGUUGCAUUGAAACUACUACAUGGCCAAGGCUAUUGAAUUAAGGCAGGUGCAAUCGUUAGGGCUGUUCAAAAUCCAAAACUAACUUGAACGGGGGUUGGUUCGGCUUUCAACUAU